ACGGUGCGCAAAGCAGCAUGGGAAUCUUUCCGAACAACCAAUACAGUAGCACGUGGGAUGUUCGCUAACACCGAAAAACUUCCCGAAAAGCUUACCGAUCGCAGUUUUAAACAUAUAGCUAUGAGUCUAAAGCCUUUAGGUUGAUGUGUGAGAGGGAAGUGACAGAGUCACCGCUAUAUUGGUGGGGUUUUUUGUCGUGUAAUGGAGGUACGGAUAUUACGGCACGCCACAAGGAGCGCAACCGGCAAAUUCAAAUUUUGUUGUUGGUGAUUUAAUGUCACUUGUUGUUGGCGAUUUGGAAUCAAGCGUUUAAAGAGUGUUUAAGAUGCGUUUGAAGGCCAAGAUGCUCGCUACUCUGGCCAUCCCUGCGGCUGCCUUAACGAUGGUAUUAGUGUUCUUGUGGAAGCGAAAACCACCGAGCAACCUUCCCAGAGAGGAGCCCUGUUCGGAGGAGAAAAAGGACCGGACUGAGUUAAGUUUUCCUUUCAACUCGCCAGAUCAUUGCAACAAGAAGGUGCAAGAGAUUGAGGCGAAGAGCAGCGACGAACUAAGUAUCAGUGAAGUAAGAGAGGAAGAAAUCGUACGAGAGAUAUCCGAAAGAGAUGUGGUUGAGAAUAAUGUUUUUACUGGGGAAGAGGAUGAGAGGGUUGCGCAAGGUAAACCAGAAUUGCAAGAGAACUGUCAGCUCUCUUCGUCCGACUCACAGUCAACACAACAUGAUUCGGGAAUUGAUACCAAGUCGUUCCAGGACAUGAAUGGAUCAUUUGAUGACACACAGAGUGAGGGAAGCGUAGACAGUGCUAUGCUCGCAAGCUUCACCGAGGUGCAACCCGAAGCUGGCGGCAAAUACACAACCGAUAAAGAGAUCUGGGAGAUUGAAUUCCCUCAAAUCCUUUGCGGACGAUUGAUUGGACGAAAGGGGAAAAACGUUAAAGCCAUCUCGGAUCAGUCCGGUGCCAAGAUUCGCUUGAUCCCACAAUCACCGGGAGAGGUAUCAACUCAUAGAAUCAUCUCACUGUCUGGAGACAGCUCCCAAAUCAAAAGCGCGCUAGACUCCAUUCACGACCGCUUUCCUACGGUUCCACUCACUCGCAUCAACCUCGCAGCAACGUCGUUGCAGGCCGGCGCAGCAACUCCACAAUUUGUGAACACAUCCCCCGCUGUUCCUUGCGUGCAGACCGUGUUGCCCUCCAUGGUGAACGUGAGCGUGGUCGUGACGAGCGUGAUCGAUGCGCAUCACUUCUUCAUCCAACUCCACAACGACCUCGUACAGCGCCAGCUGCAGCAACUACAUCAGACCAUGAUGCAGUGUUACGGCCAGGGUCUCGGGCCCGUAGUCAACCAGCCCAUCAUGGUGGGCACGUAUUGCGCUGCGCCUGCGUACACCUACAAUGGAUGGUACCGAUCGCAGGUGCUAGGGCCCACAGCGAGCCCGGACGAAGUGGAAGUCAAGUAUUUGGAUUAUGGCGGCUACAGCCGGAUCGCGGCGUCUUCGCUGAGACAGUUAAGGAGUGAUUUCCUGAGUUGUUUGCCGUUCCAAGCAGUGGAAUGCUAUCUAGCAAAUGUUGCACCCUUGCAAGGGGACUCGUACAGUUCAGUAGCAUCAGCUGUACUCGAAGACCUGACAAUGAAUGCUGUACUUACUGCGAGGGUGGUCGGACAACAAAACCAGCUGCCAUGCCUGGAACUCUACCUUCUUCAAAAUGACCAGACUCUACUGGUCAACAGAGAGCUGGUGAAUCGUGGACUUGCACGGUGGGUCGAGUCUUAACCGUCAUGCAUCAGGUGUCUUGCCUGUGACGUCAUACUAAGCUGUUUUGAGGAGUGCCGUUACUGACGUCACCUUCUGAGAAGGGAGUUGAGGCGUUUGUUGCCAUGGAGACGCAGUGUGAUUGACUGGAGCUGGUUCAGGUUUGAAUAGCAUUAAGUGUAGAAGUGAAAGAAGAAACUGUUUGGUAGAUAGUGAAUAGAUGUUAAGCAUUUUAAACAUUGGUUUUCAGUAACUCCAUAAGCUCGUGUUUUUUCUUAUGAACUGUUACAUGAUUUAAAGUAGCAAUUUACUUUUAACCCAAAACGAAACUUUUUAAAAUUGUUUGAAAUUUUUUUCGUGUUUUUCGUUUUAUUUUUUUCUCCUUUAGUCUUUUUUGGUUUUCGAUUUCCGCAUCAAUUGGAGAUCAUGCCGUUGUAGAAAUAACGUGGCUCUUAUUAACACCAUCAUCGUAGCCAAGGCAUUAGGUCGACUUGUUUACUUGUAGCGUUCGAGUUUAAAGUCUAUUUAGAAAGCCUUGUUGGCUUCGUAAUCCUGUGGGGUCCGACAUACGAUUCAUAGUACCUACGAAUUUCGACUGCCAUUCGACCCUAGCUGUCCUUCGAGACACUAGCUGACUUUCAUUCAAGACCCUAGCUGACUUUUAUUCAAGACCCUAGCUGUCAUUCGAGACCCUAGCUGUCAUUCAAGACCCUAGCUGUCAUUCAAGACCCUAGCUGUCAUUCAAGACCCUAGCUGACUUUAGCUGUAGAGUAACGCAUGUAGAAUACGCUAAAAGAACACCGUGGCGUAUUUAAUUUCCAGAUUACGUAGCCUUGUGAAUCAAUGAAUAUUUCCCGACCAAUGUUGUAAAAUGCCAAAUGGAAUAGCCCGGAAAUAUAAAAAAACAAUAUGAUGAUAGUUUGGAUUUUGGAAAGGUGACUGUAAUAAACGGGAAUCCGCCGUACAUAAAUUAUAAUUUACUACUGAAAAUUCCAGUUCACUUAAGAGAGUAUUAUGAUAUUAGCGAAAAAUUAAUAUAUUAAUUAUUAUAUCUAGUGUAUUAUCGAAUUUAAACUUAUUCAAGCCUUUAAUGUAAAUGAAUCUCUUCAAGACGGAAGUGUGGCUCGAGUACCAGUUUUUUGUGGAUCAUGCAGGCCCGGACCCAGGAUAAAAAUCUGACCAUCUCCGAAAGAACAAAAACAUCAUUUUUUUCUGCCUUUGCAGUAUCUCCACGGGACGUUUAUUGUCGGGUUUGGCUACGUACCAGAGUGAUCUAACUUAUGCUUUAUAGUUUUGUCUACAAAUAGAACGUCCAUUGGGAACCGAAACGGCCGUUGUGUGUGUGUGUGUGUGUGUGUGGGGGGGGGGGGGGUACGUUCGCACCCCCUGCACCUCCCCUGGGUACGGGCCUGUCAUGUUCAUAACUCUGGUGAACGAGCACACUAUUUGGGUAAUUUGGACACGACUGUUUCUGUCUGUAUACCCUCAACACAUUUCGUUUCUUGGAAUGGACGUAAAUAACCUUUGCAUACACACUAUUUGCAUUUCAAAUCUAGACUAAAAAAAUUAAUUAAAUUGUAGUUAUAAGUGGCUUCCCAUUGGAACUUGCUUGUAAAAUGGUAUCAUGUGACACCCUUUAAGUCUUAAUGUUAUCGAGCGCGCAUGGUGCGAAAGGACUCUUUAAAUAUAACUUCAAAUAUGUGCUUAAUUGCCCCCAAGUCUGUCAUGAAGAAGUCUUAUUAAAGACGAAAAUUUGGUAGAGUCGAGUACAAGUUUUUGGUGAACCAUAUUUAUACUCUAUUUAACGAACACGACUAUUUGGCUAGUUUGACUUGUACCCAAGUAUUGUAGAGUAAAUAUGGUGAUUCUUCAAACGACGACGAUAGUUAUUUAUUACGAGGAUCAAAAGUUAGGUAAGAAUGUCACGUGAGCCAGAAGUAAGGAAUUAAGGUCUAAGAGUUCAUAUUCAUGUCCAUAAGAUGGAAUCUUUUCUAAAGAUUAUGGUGAGAGAUAGAAUCCGUUUUGAGUAGUCGUCGCUUGCAGUUAGUAUAUAGUGUUAUUUAUCGGAGGGCAAACGUCUAAUUAUUAACCAAUUCAAUGCCCUUGUCAACUUCCAUUAUCAGUUUUACCGUGAGAAGCCACUUAAAGUAGAAGAGUGUUUGGUAGGAUUAAAGAUUCUGAACUCUU